UUAUUCUUUUCCGUUUAUUUCAAAGAAAUCAACGUAUCACAAUCCAUUUAUUAGUUGUAAAAUGGUCUCGUUGAUUUUAGUUUUACGAAAAUAAAUUCAAGGGACGAUUUUGAGGCAAUUGAUUUGCAAAAGUUUUGCUCUUUCUUUUUUUUUUUUUUUUCUUUCUUUUUCCCUUUGAUUUUCUUUUUUUGUUGUCCCGUAUGAUUAUCCGACAAGAAUUCCUUGCUCUAUAUCUCUUUGUCGUGCCCUUCAAAUCUUUCUCUCUUAAAACAGGAAUUAAUUCAAACACUUUUAUCUCUAAAAACCCAAAUGGAAAACCUUUUUUUUCUUUUCAAGAGAAUUCAAACACAAAUCUUUUAAAGCUGCAUGCUUUAAACUCCUAUAUGAUUCAAAUAUUCUCAUAAACUUUACCAUGCACUACAAUUCUCUCCAGACCACUUAAAUAACACCCUCUGUCAAAAAAUUUCCACGGAUAAAAAAAUGGGGUCUGCAACAUCGUCUAUGGCUGCAAAGUUUGCAUUUUUCCCACCGGACCCUCCGUCAUAUGACACGUACGUCGACGAACCAACCGGAAAAAUGAGGAUCUCCAAUGUUCUUCCCCGAGACGACGUUGAUGUGGUGGGGCUGAGCACAAAAAAAGGGAAUGAGAUUGUGGCCAUGUAUGUCAAAAAUCCAUGUGCUUCACUCACUCUUCUGUACUCCCAUGGAAAUGCUGCUGAUCUUGGUCAGAUGUACCACAUUUUCACUGAGCUUAGCCUUCAUCUGGGUGUCAAUCUCAUGGGGUACGAUUAUUCUGGCUAUGGACAAUCUUCAGGAAAGCCAAGUGAGCAGGACACAUAUGCAGACAUAGAGGCAGCAUACAAAUGCCUUGAAGAGAAGUUCGGUGUAAAGGAGGAAGAUGUCAUUCUGUACGGACAGUCAGUUGGAAGCGGACCUGCUUUGGAUUUGGCCGUUCGUUUGCCUAACUUGAGGGCUGUUGUUCUUCACAGUCCAAUAUUGUCCGGCCUCCGAGUAAUGUACCAUGUCAAGAAAACAUUCUGGUUUGACAUUUACAAGAAUAUCGAUAAGAUCCCACUUGUCAGUUGCCCAGUUUUGGUGAUACAUGGAACUGAAGAUGAAGUUGUGGAUUUCUCCCAUGGAAAACAGCUGUGGGAGCUUUGCAAAGAGAAGUAUGAACCUUUGUGGCUCAAAGGAGGCAACCAUUGUAACUUGGAACUCUAUCCAGAAUACUUGAGGCAUCUCAGGAAGUUUAUAUCUGCCAUAGAGAAAUUACCCCGUCUUCGAAAUUCAACCGAACAAAGCGCAGAUCAAUCAGAGUCUCCUCUGAAGAUUGAAGACAUCGGGGACAAGGCAAGAUCAAGCACUGACUUAAGGGACAAGUCUAGGUCCAGCACCGGGAAGCGAGACAAGUCUAGGCUAAGCACAGACAGUAGAGAAAGAUCAAGUACAAGCACUGAAAAGAGAGAGAAGUCAAGAAAGAGCACCGAUCGGUCUGGAAAGUUGAGGAGCAGCACAGAUCAGUCGGAGAGGGCUAGAAAUAGCUUCGACCGAUUGGGAGAUAUGGUGAGGUCAGUUGGAUUGUGUAACGUUGAUUGUCUGAAGCAGGCGGCUUUGGAGGCUUGAGUGCUCUCAUCCUUCGGAUUGCAACUAGUUUAUAGACCACUACAUGUUUGGUUGAUGGGAUGUUUGGCUCAAGGGAAAUUGUAACAGCUCACCGAAGCUCCGCUCCUCGUGGGGUUUACCUUUCUAAUCCAAUCCAAUCCGAUCCUAAGCACCAAACGUUUGACCCUCGAGACUAUCCUAGUCUCUUGUGAUUUGUUUUCUUCUGAAUUUUUGAAUGUUUAACUGCAGAAGUUAAAUUAUACAUUGACCAUGUUGGAAUCGUUAUGUCACUUCACUAAAAAGCUAUGUUUCAGAUUGUCUUGGUUGAAAGAGUUGAGUUGACAAAAGGUGGGGGAGAGUUGCCAAAAACUAAUUAGACCCUAGAGUUUUUACUUCUCAGCUCUUGAACUUAAAUUGGUAUUUAAUUG